AUGGUGGAAUGGAACCGCAUGGCCACUGUGAUCCCCAAUGGCUUGAUCGAGUGGCGCCUGAUGGGACACACCAUGGUCCCACUCAUGCAGGCGAGUUCUUCCGGACUGCACCAUGACUGUUCCACUUGGGACGAGUUGUAUGAAGAUGGCGACGGUGAGCAUGUGAAUGCCUGGAAUGGCCCAGCCUCGUCGAGUGCAAGAAUGCCCUCGAAGAAAGCGAAGACAAUGGCAUCCUCCGGCUCAGCGACUGCUCUCGCAACUGUCGCAAAUGCACUGGUUCCUGGAGCUGAGGUUGUGCUCCGGAUGAAUGCGAAUGCCAAGGUUGAUUUGCUGCAAGUGCAUGGAGACCUGAAUCGGCUGGAGCAGAAGUUCUGCAUCAUGAUGGUCGGUUCAGGGACCGUGUACAUCAGCGUGGCCCGGCUUUACCCGGGACCAUUCUUAGCCCCAGCCGUGCCUCAUGCAGGUUUUCUCAGAGGAGCGGCUUGCGAUGGUGCAAGGAUUCUGGUGAAAGAUGGAGUCGACGUGACGGUGACGGCUGUUGCUGCUGAUGCUUCAGAGCUGACGCUGUCGGCGAUGCUGACUACAGAUGCUCUACAGGCUUCCAUUCUCAAUCGUUGGAGAGGUGAGGUGCCUCCAGGUGGAAGUGGAGCAGCCUUGUUGAUCUCAAGCAAAGAUGUGAUGGCUGCAUGCGAUGUGCGGAGCGAGGAGAGCAUCUAUGUUCGGAUUUGCCGAAACUCGAGCAUCUCCACUGCCACAGAGUUCUGGAUCACCGCAGAGACGGACACGGGUGUGAUGACCUUGAAGGAUGGUGUUGCCAUUCACUCCUCUGUGCCACCAGCUGCAUUUGCAGCUGGGUCGUGGAAGGAGAAGUGGCGCGAGUUUCGUGUCCUCAUUCCUGACGGUCCCCUACAGCCGACCGAGGUCACGCUGUCCGCAAGCUCCAUUGGGAAGGUGCAUUUAGUGGCUGACACUCAUCGUCAUCCUGACCCGGCAUCCUACAGCUGGGCUACGGCAGGCGCGACAAGCAACGAGGUCUUGCGAUUCACGACGCAGAGCCAACUUGCAAGCCACGGCGUCGGGCUGAUCGACUGUCGCUUGCCCUGCUUCAUAUACCUCGCUGCCACUGCAACGGCCCACAAUGCUGAAGUUCAUGUACCGUUGUCGGUGCGAGCGGUUCUGGAUAGCCAGGGCACAAAGCAGCUGGUCGAGGGCGAUGAGUUCGAGCAGGUGCUGCCCAGCAAUCGGUCCCAGGUAUUUGCCUAUAGUGUGAGACGAAGCAGCACGGCAGUUUUGGUUUCCGUGUCGAAGCUGUCUGGAUCAACCAGCUUUGUGAUGUCUUCAAGUCCGGACUUUCCGGACGCUUUGACGACGGCUCCGGCCGAGGCCGUGAUUUUGUUGGAGCCCGGAGCCAGUGUCCGUCGUGCCGCAGAGGCCGCCGCUGGUGGAGGUCCUCCGGUCCUCUACAUUCGGGUACAGAAUGCAGGGAUGCAGUCAAGCCGCUUCAUCAUCUCAGCGCGAUCUCAGGCACAUGCCAAAUGGCUCCUGAAUGGUGCCACGACGCAAGGAGCAGUGAAGGCCUUGAGAUACGACAGAUACCGCUUCUUCGUUCCGGACGGCGAGGUGAGCCACAGUCACAGUUUGGAAAUCACCAUCGAGGUCAUUCUUCACAGCGGGUCAGUGGCUCUCUUUGCUGCCUGUGAUCCGAAUAGGUAUCCCCAAGAGUCGCGUUACGACUGGAGCCGCCCGAAGCUUUCCGGCCCGCAGGGAAGCCUGGUCAUCGCGGCGUCCAGUAAAGCUUUCAGGGCUGGCUGGAUCUUUCUGGCAGUCACUAGCGACAGCUUGGCCGCAUACUCGUUGCGUAUUCGAUGGGGCGAUGAUGCAGUGAAGCUGAAGGACGGGAUUCCUGAGCGGGGACAUCUUUCACCAGGAUUCUUGCGUUGGUUUGCGUUGAAUGAGGUUCGGAAUGAUGAUCAGCCUGUCGCCGUUCGAGCGGAAGCCGUGGCUGGAUCCUUCGGCCUCUGCGUUCGAUCAAAGAGAACAAGCAGAAGGCUAGAAGCCUGGGGCCAAGCCUGGGGCCUGCUGCAGCGGCUCAGAAACCGCGCGCCGUAUGGCUGGAAGGAGAACUUGGGAUGCUCAUAUGCAGCAGUGGCCAAUGCAUCCGGGGGCGUGGGUGCAAGCUUAGCUGCCAUCGACAUCCCUUCAGAGAACCCUGGGGCAACUUUGGAGGUGGGUUUGCUGGGACUUUCGCCUGGCAGCUGGUCCGCCAACACGUCGGAGUUCGUGCUGCAUGUGAUCCUAGACGACGUGGUUACACUACCGGAGGAGCAGACCGUGGUCGUGGAUUCGCUCGCUCCACCCUGCUGUUCUUCUGGACCCAAGCUUCAUCGCAUGUACCGGCAUUACACUCGUUUUGCCUCUGGCUCGCUGCGGAUUUUUCUCACCCCUCUCGGUGCGGGGCAGCUGACGGGUGCGAAGCUCUCCGCUCGUCGUAAAGGCGAGCCUGUGUGGUUCCAAUCGCAAGAGGUGAUGCAGGAGAGAGUUCUGCAGCUGUACAUCAACUUGCAAGACAUGUCCGGGCAACAUGCUGGUGGAUUUUGGGUGGAGGUUGCUGUCGAGGUCCACCGUCCAACAAACUACACCCUGAGCCUCCUCUCAGAUUCUGCUGAGGAUGUGCCGACGCGGCUCACCCCGAAUGUGCCGGUCUUCGACAACUUGUCCGAGGUGGCUUCGGGUAAAUAUUCUUUCCACGCGGCUGUGCAGGUCGCGACUCUCUGCUUGAAGCCGUGCUACGGUCAAGUUCGGAUGCGGAUUACGUCAGACUCGGUCCAGAGUCCCAAGGACUCUUCUGCACAUGGGAUGUGCACUCAGCUGAACUCUGGAGGUGAAUCGCUUUCCGGCUCGGUAGUGGUGGACAAGCUGUUGCACAUGCCAAGUCCAACUUACGAGAUCGAACUCACCACACAUCCGGGUAACGACUACAUCGAGCUACCGCACAUGACGGACUUGAAAGCAAAGCAGAAGCUUCUCUGCGAAGCCUCUGGUGAAGGGCGGUGCUUUCUGGAUGCCACAUUUAGCUUCGAUGCCGCCUCCGUGGGUGUCACCUCCGGUUCUGCAAGGCUACGUCACACUCUGAUAGCACUGAAAGUCGAUCCCGAUGUGCAUCCAGAAACGACCUGUGGCCUUCUGGCAGCUAUGGCAACGAAUCGCACCAUCAGCACGCUGGUGGUGAAGGACAGUGCUGGCCAUUCGCAGCUGGAGGGAAACCUCCGCUUCGAUCAAGAGUCCAAUUCGAGCAUCAUGGUGAAUGUCCUGGUCACGUUGGAGGACCUUUCAGGUGUCCAUCUUGCUGCUGCCAGUUACAUGCCCUUCGAGCUGGUUGCUGCCGCUGAAAGGUCACCGGAGUCAGACAACAUCGCAAGUUCCUGGUUUGUUUGUUUUGUGCUUGUAUUGUGCGGCGGUGGAUGUCUCCUCAACAAAAGUCGUCGUGCUUCCAAGGGGCACCAGGAUGUCCGUGAGGCGGAUUUCGACAGGAUCGAGAUCCAGAUGGCGUACGAACUUCACGAGGAAGGAGCAGCGAGCCUUCUGGCCCAGCAAAGCUAUGUUCCUCCCAAUGUCUGA